GGUGCGCGCUCCGCCCGGGCUCUCCUCUCGGAGACCUGUGGUGCGCGCUCCAGGGCGAGCCACGUGACCGCGCAGAAAGCGCCCCCUGCCCUGCGGGACGGCCCAGCCCGGAGCGAACUGGGAGAGGAGAGGAGAGGACCGGGGGGAGCGGAGGGCAGUGCAGGGAGCGGAGAAGGAGGAGAGGAGAGCAGCGCCGGGGGCGGCCGGGUCUGCACAGUCGCGGGUCGGGAGGGGCGGCCGCCGCCACCCCCGGCGCCAUGAGCCCUCCUCAGCCAGAGGAAUGCGCGCGGCGCGGGCCCCGGCCCCAGAGCGCCUGGCGGGCGACGCAUGGAGCGCGCUGAGCCCGGGCCCCGCCUGCAGCGCCCCGCCGGCCCCGGCCCGGCCCUGCCCCGAGAGCGCAGCGCCCGGCCCGGCCCGCGGAGAGCCCUGCGCGCCGACGGCAUGCGGCUCCGCGAGCGCUCGCUGCGCCAGGACCCCGACCUGCGCCAGGAGCUGGCCUCGCUGGCCCGCGGCUGCGACUUCGUGCUGCCCUCGCGGUUCAAGAAGCGGCUGAAGGCCUUCCAGCAGGUUCAGACGCGGAAAGAAGAGCGUCUGCCCCCGGCCAGCAGCCAAAGCAUUCCGACCUUCUACUUCCCCAGAGGACGCCCGCAGGACUCGCUCAACGUGGAUGCCGCCAUCAGCAAGAUCGAGAGCACCUUCGCCCGCCUCCCCCACGAGAGAGCCACCAUGGACGACAUGGGCCUGGUGGCCAAGGCCUGCGGCUGCCCGCUCUACUGGAAGGGACCGCUGUUCUGUGGCGCCGGCGGGGAGCGCACGGGCUCCGUGUCCGUCCACAAGUUCGUCGCCAUGUGGAGAAAAAUCCUCCACAACUGCCACGACGACGCGGCCAAGUUCGUCCAUCUGCUCAUGAGCCCUGGCUGCAACUACCUGGUGCAGGACGACUUCGUCCCCUUCCUGCAGGACGUGGUGAACACGCACCCGGGGCUGUCGUUCCUGAAGGAGGCGUCCGAGUUCCACUCGCGCUACAUCACCACGGUGGGUCAUCAGCGGAUCUUCUACACCGUGAACCGGUCCUGGUCCGGCAGGAUCACCUGCGCCGAGCUGCGGAGGAGCUCCUUCCUGCAGAAUGUGGCGCUGCUGGAGGAGGAGGCGGACAUCAACCAGCUGACCGAAUUCUUCUCCUACGAGCACUUCUAUGUCAUCUACUGCAAGUUCUGGGAGCUGGACACGGACCACGACCUGCUCAUCGACGCGCACGACCUGGCGCGGCACAAUGACCACGCCAUUUCCACCAAGAUGAUCGACAGGAUCUUCUCGGGAGCAGUCACGCGAGGCAGAAAAGCGCAGAAGGAAGGGAAGAUCAGCUACGCAGACUUUGUCUGGUUUUUGAUCUCUGAGGAAGACAAGAAAACGCCGACCAGCAUCGAGUACUGGUUCCGCUGCAUGGACCUGGACGGGGACGGCGCCCUGUCCAUGUUCGAGCUCGAGUACUUCUACGAGGAGCAGUGCCGGAGGCUGGACAGCAUGGCCAUCGAGGCCCUGCCCUUCCAGGACUGCCUCUGCCAGAUGCUGGACCUGGUCAAGCCGAGGAGCGAAGGGAGGAUCACGCUGCGGGACCUGAAGCGCUGCAAGCUGGCCGGCGUGUUCUUCGACACCUUCUUCAACAUCGAGAAGUACCUGGACCACGAGCAGAAGGAGCAGAUCUCGCUGCUCAGGGACAGUGACGGCAGCGGCCCCGAGCUCUCGGACUGGGAGAAGUACGCGGCCGAGGAGUACGACAUCCUGGUGGCCGAGGAGACGGCGGGGGAGCCCUGGGAGGACGGGUUCGAGGCCGAGCUCAGCCCUGUGGAGCAGAAGCUGAGUGCCCUGCGGUCCCCGCUGGCCCAGAGGCCGUUCUUCGAGGCGCCCUCGCCCCUGGGCGCCGUGGACCUGUACGAGUACGCGUGCGGGGACGAGGACCUGGAGCCGCUGUGAGGCCGCCGGGGACCCCACCGCGGGCCCCUCUGCACGGGCCGCGGCCCCCGCGGCUUGUGUAAAAACUCUUGUCUGUUGUGGAAAGCGAGUGCGUUUGUACGGAAUGGUAAAUUUUUAUUUAUUCACA